AUGUUUUCUACGGAAAAGAGUCAAAUAGAAAUUUGUUUGUUGAAAUCCACUCUUGAUGAAAUAGAAAAUGAAUUGGUUUUACAACAUUCCUCGUUGCCUGAUUUGGAUGCGGAGAAUGACCAAAAAUUCCGAGACACGUUGAAUGCUGUGCGUAUUUCGCGCGUUUUGAGCCUUGACAUUGAGAACCUUAACCAGGAAAACGGAAGGUUAGCCGCAAAACGGACGCAUUUAAAAAUGCAAAGUGAGGCGCUAUCUAAGGCAUUGGAGUCGGCGCUCGAAGAACGCAGCGAAAUGGAAGUUUCAUUAGAGCAAGAACAUAAGGAUAUGGAACUUCACAUCCGAAAAUACGAAGACUCAUUGCGGGAGAAAACUGAGCGAUUCAGAAAUGCACGAAUUUAUUAUAAUGAAGAGGAAAUGCUAUCUCAAAUCGAAAAAUUAAACAAUACGAUAUCCGAACUUGAAAACGAUUUUAAACAUCAGAAGUCUGCUGUAGAAGAAAAAAGGAGACAAUUUGAAGAAUUGAAAAGUGAUAUACCUGAAAAUCUUUUUGAAAUAGUGUAA